CAAGCCAACAGUAGUGUGAAAUAACAAAUAGCACCGACAUCUUCUUUAGCCUCUUCCAUAUCCAAACACUGACUUUAUCUAAAUGUGUGUGAACAAAAAUACAUUCCAAAAGCAAGAGUUAUAAUUCCUUACUCAUUUUUUAAAAUUAAGCAAUCAUCAUCAUCAUCAUCAUCACUUUAGCAUGGAUAACAUGUUCAUAAAAAAUCCUGUGUUAUCACAAGUUGCAAACAGACUAUCUGCAUACCUGAUUGAUGAGUAUGCAGUGUUGACCGGGGAUGUGAGGCAAGUAGAAUGGAUUGAAAAAGAGCUGAGGUCGAUGCAGGGAUGGUUGGAACAUGUUGAACAGCACGGGUACAGCAGACAGGAACAAGCCUUGAAUGAGUGGGCAGAUAAGUUGAAGGACAUUGCCCUUGACGCCGAGGAUGUCAUAGAAACUUUCGUGAUGAAAUCAGUGAAGAGGAGGAGGUGGGGAUUUUUGUAUUGGAAUGAUAAAUACAAGGUUGGAAGAGAGCUGCUGCAGAUUCGCAAGAGGAUGAGAGACAUCUCUCAUGUUGGAAUCAACUUUAACAUCAAUUUCGUCAACAUCUCCAUUGAAACAACUCCGCCAGGAGAAGAGGUGUCGUCAUCAGCCACCUCAGGAGUAGUGGCCACAGCAAUGCAGAAGCUUGAUCACAUUCUGAGUCAAACUAUAGUUACGGGCGAUGAGGUGAUCGGAAUGGUGGAGCAAGUAAAAGGCGAACUCUUGUACCUGCAAAAUAUUGUGUAUAGUUUGAAGUCAAUAAGUGAAAGAGAAAAUGUGUGGUUGAAAGACGUGGAGAAGGUUUGUAACGAUAUGAAAAGUAUUGCACAGAAUUUCAUUGUUGCCAGGGAAAGAGGGUCUAAAGGGGGUAAGCUUGAGAAGGUGCUUUAUUUUGGAGAGAGUUAUGCUUCUGAACAUGAAUUCAAGAAGAGGAUGAAGUAUAUUAGGACACAAAUUGGAGAUGCAUUUCGGAGAAGUUUGACCUACGGAGUUGGGGAGCAACUAGAUAAACAUACAACACCGAGAUCAGCAGCCUUACCAGACUUGUCACUAGAUAGUUUGAUAAUAGAUGGGCAGGUCUUUUCUAAUGCCGUGGACAUGGGGUUCUUGUUUGUGAAGUUGUGGAGGUCCGUGGACAAGAAUUUGGAGUGCGUGCAAAGAGAUUUAGAUCUAAUGCGUGCAUUUCUUAGGGAUACUACUGCUGAAAGUGAACAAGGGCUGAAUCUGAAUGAAAGACAAAGAGUAUGGAUAUGCCAAGUAAAACGUGCGGCUCAAAAUGCCCACUCCCUUGUUGAUGCAUAUGCAAAGGCCGGGUUUCUUUGGGGGUUUAUCAGCAGAAGAAUUAAGUAUGCCAAGGACAUUAACUGCUUGUUGAAGGAGAUUCUUAGUAUCUCACACAACAAGAACAUUUACGGAGUAGCAAAUAUUCAAGGAACACGGCAAGAGUUUGCUCUAGCUACAAGUAGGAGCCCAAGCAUACAAGAACCUCAGCCAGUUCCAGCUGCUGCCUCGUAUAUUCCGUUGACAGGGCUGAAAGAGAAAGUCCAAUCAAUGAGAGCAGGAUUGGAAUUGAUGGAUGCACUGGUUCAGGAUGUACAAGAUAUGGGAGGAGAACUAGACAGAAGAUCUAGAAUCUGGGUGGACCAAAUGGAAGGCAUUGCCAUUGAAGCUAGAUCUAUCAUAGAGGACUACGAAACUAAAUUGGAGCAUAAGUCAUUAAUUUUCUGGGCACUUGUCAAGAACAAGACCUGGAUUUCUAUACGUAACAAGAUAGAUAAUAUCAAGAAAAAAAUUGACGAAACAUGGAGAAGAAGAAAGACAUACGGUUUGGUGCAAAUUCAAAGCCGAGCCAUGCCAUCAGCAACGGUUCAAAUAUUACAUGGAAGGACGCAACCGCCUGUAGCCGUUGCAGCAGAAAAACAAUCCAGUAUCAUUGGAUUUGAUGAAGACGCUCAAGUUCUGAUAGCUCAGUUACUGUCGGGUGAGAGACAUCACUGCAUUACUUGGAUUGUUGGAAUUGGAGGCACGGGCAAGACAACAUUAGCCAAGUUGCUAUUUGAAGACAAAGCUGUUGUCGAACAUUUUGUCUGCCGAGUAUGGGUGUCGGUACCUUCAACUUCUAACUCAAAUUCAAAUUAUAUGGCACAACAUCUUCUUGAAGAAAUUGCCAAGGAGUCUGCAAAGCAAAUUAAGGGAACCUUGUCGAGUGGUCAUGUGCUCGAAAUGGCGUAUAAAAGGUAUCUAAUAGUUGUUGAUGGCAUAGAAGAAACUAAUUCCCAAGUGUACUUGUUGGAUACCUUGAAGGAGGCCAUACCAGAUAUGUUAACGGGCAGCAGACUUCUUCUUACCGCUCGCAAUGCAAAUGUAGACCAACAUACUGCUGGUACUAUGACUUUUAUUCACCCACUACAGUUAUUAGAUGAUGAAAGUAGUUGGUUGCUGUUUAGGAGACAUUUGAAGGUGGACAAUAUUCUCCAAGAAGAACUCAUGAAGGUUGGAAAAAAAAUUGUGGUGAAAUGUGGGGGUCUUCCAUCUCAAAUAUUAAAAAUGAGUGAUUCCCUUUCACAUAAAGAAAACGCCAUACUUACACAUGAGAGCUCAAGCGUACUUAAUCAAAUUCAAGAUCAAAUACAAAGUUGGUCUGAAACACUUAAAACAAUCAAUACAGACUUGCCUUUGUAUCUAAGGAGAUGUUUAUCUUACUUUGGCCUAUUCCCAGAUGAAUUUGGGAUUCCUGUUAGAAGACUAGUUAUUUUAUGGGUCGCGGAGAGUCUGGUUUAUCAUUCAGAAGAAGACGAAGUGACCCCGGAGAUAGUUGCAGAAAGGUACUUGACAGAAUUGAUACAUCGAAACAUGGUUCAAGUAGUAGCAAGAAAGCGUAAUGGCAAGGUCAAAACAUGUCGUCUCCCCAGUGCUUUGAGGCAACUCUGGUUAACAGACUCCCGAUCUCUAGACCCAAAAAACUCCAUCAUUCGCCGGGUGGCAGAUCAUUUAAAUAGUGAAGAUGUCUGGCACAAUCAUAUUCAUGGUGACACAACAAGUCUCAGGUCAUCUUCCCUGAGAACCAGCUACAAGGAUGUUCUCUCUUUUAUGUCCUUUGAUCCUCAAGAAGGAAGUAAACCUGGGCAGCAAAUUGGUAACUUUUUCAAGGUUUGUAUUUCAAGCGAUUGCUUCUUACUCCUUCGGGUGCUUGAUCUUGAACGCGUUUACAAGCCCAAAUUGCCUAAACGCAUAGCAAGACUUACCCGGCUAAGGUAUCUUGGCUUAAGAUGGACCUACUUAGAGUCACUUCCAUCAUCAAUAAGCAAGUUGUUGAAGCUACAGACACUUGAUCUGAAACAUACUUACAUACAUACUCUACCUAACUCCAUUUGGAAGAUGGAACUCAGACACUUGUUCUUGAGUGAAACGUACCGCACCAGAUUUCCACCUCAACCUAAAGGCAAUUCACUAUCUAACCUCCAAACUUUGUCAGGACUGUUUGUAGAUGAGGAGACUUCGGUCCAGGGUGGAUUGGACAAUUUGGUCAACGUCAAAAAAUUGGGAUUAGCAUGCCAAUCAAUGUCAUUACAGGAAGAGGCAAUGAAAAAACAACUUGAAGCCGUGGCUGAUUGGAUCACAAAACUAGAACAUCUUCAAUCACUGAGACUAAAAUCAAGGGAUGAACAAGGGAAACCUUGGAUUUUACACUUGAACUCUUUUGUAAAUCAUACAAAUCUCACCGACAUAUAUUUGCUGGGAAGCUUGAACAGUUCAUAUGUUCUGUCCCAGUUUCCACUUAGCCUUAUGGAACUAACCCUAUCACACUCAAAACUAGAGGAUGAUCCCAUGACACUUUUGAAAGAUUUUCCAAAUCUUCGAACAUUGUGUUUACUCGCAGAGUCCUAUGUAGGAACAACUAUGGUUUGUGAAUCUCAAAGCUUUCCUCAGCUUCGUGUAUUAAAAUUGUGGAUGCUAGAGCAACUAGAUGAAUGGAUUAUAGGGCCGGGAACACUCCCGUGUCUCAGACAACUGGAAAUCAGAUCAUGUCCGCGCCUAAAAAUGCUUCCUGAUGGACUAAAACAUGUCAACACUCUACUUGAGUUGAAGUUAACAAACAUGCCAAUGGAAAUCAACGCUGACGUGCAUAACAUUCCACCUAAUUGCCAUAUCGUCCAAAGCAAUUUUCAGUAGAAUUUUAUCAUUGCAUGGAAAUUAAUACGGAAUGUGAAGGAAGCCUUACUCAGAUGCUUUGCGCGUAAAUUGAACUGUUCCUUGCGCUGUGGAUGAAUUAAAAGAUGGUAACCUUAGGUUUUUAGUUUAAUCACGUUGCUUUCCUUGAUUGGGUUAUGAAAUUUAAAUCUUGUGUAACAUUAAUUAGUACUUUCCUAUAUUGCAUUGUGCUGUGUAAUUCAAAACUUGAUCGGAGGCAGGAGUAUCUAAGUGUUCUGAUUUGUUUACCAGCAAUGGAAUUUAAAUUUAAAUUAA